GAAACGAAGCAAACAUGCUCGAUUCCAAGUUCAAUAGUCACAUAUUCCUCGUGCUUUAAUUUGACACCGCUGCAUCCCAAUUAUAUAAUGUCAAUCCACACUUUCCCCAUCCCAAUACCUUCGUUGAGUCUAAAGUAAGUUUCUCGAGGGCGUCCAGUCAUAUCCUUCAUUGAUACAAGUAACCUAACCGACCUAGAUCGACCCUUGAAACCAUCCACCCCAACAAUUCUCUCAAUUAGCUUGCUGGUUUGUUUCUCUUUUAGCUGUAUUGAUUGGCUUUUUCUCUAUUCACCUGUGUACUUGGAGUUUUCCGACCACAGGCCAGUGAAGUCGCUGGCUAAUCGGCCUUUUCCUCAGACUUCUUUUAGCGAGUGAUUGGAGAUCUUAUAGCCCGAGAGCUGCGAUAUGACUUCUAACGCCGAAGGAAGUGAUUUAGCUGACGUAUCUUGUGAGUCCGCAAAAACCAUGAACUUGUUUCCGACCAAGGAGAAUAACAGAGAACCGCAAAACUUCUCAACGAUGGACUUAUUUCCGCAUCUCUCCACAGAAGAGAUUCCAAAGACGGCAAAUUUCAGUGCAUCUAAGUCUGUCACUAAGGAGCCUGGAGUUGGACAGAUGACAAUCUUUUAUGGCGGACAAGUUGUGGUGUUCGAUAAUUUUCCCACUGAAAGAGUCACGGAGAUCUUGGCCUUUGCCAGCAGAGGAACAUUCCCUACACAGAACAGCUUUGCUUAUGCUUUUCCUCAGAGCCAGCCUUCGUUUCCUCAUAAUUCAAUUGGAUUUUCUUCUGAUUCCUGCAGGCCGUUUCUCCUAAUGAAUAUUAAUCCUAAUAUUUGCAAUGCUUUGGUUCAAGGGCACCCUCAGUCACCAUCUGGACCUGUGGUUGGUGACCUCCCAAUUGCUAGGAAAGCUUCACUUCAUCGAUUCUUAGAGAAGAGGAAGACAGGUGAGAUCACUUAAACGAAUCAAAGAUAUUCGAAAUCAAGAAUUAUUUCUCGAUCUCUGGUGUACCUAUUUACAUAUAUUCCUUCAGUCCCUUUAUGCAAGUGAUUGUUGAUUCUAAUGAGCACCAUAUAUAUAUAUAUAUAUAUAUUAUGUUUGCAGGAUUGCUGCUAGAGCACCGUAUCAAACAAGCAACCCCAUGGCGGCUCCAAAUAAGCCAGCCGAAUGGCUUGAAUUGGCUGCAAAGUCGCUCCACACCUGACUAUCAGAGCGUAGCUGCAGUUCUAUCUUUAUGUAAUGGAAUUAGGAUCCUGACGGCUCCUUUUGUAGCCAUCUGUCAUACAAGCAACUUUUGUUCCGAAUUCUGAUGAGCUUUUUUUUUGUUACAAUGAUAAGCUUUUUAAUAGAUCUAACAAGCCGUUAGUCCUAUUUGUUGUUCUAUGUAUUUUGCUUAGGAAUUCCCUAUAGUCGGGAUCGCUACGUUUGGACUAUUGUUUGUUGCACUUUACCUUUAUUUUCAAACUGAUAGAGUAUAGAAGUCGGAAUCGUGGAGAAGUUUCUGGUGAA